CGCCCUGGCGGCGGCCGCCGGUUCGCCGCUCGCGGCUCGCAGGUUCCAUUGAGAAAAGCUGAGCGGCGGCGGCGGCGUCUGCGCCGAAGCAGAGAAGCCGCCACCAGCCCGCCGCCCGCCGGGCAGUCCGCGCGCCCGGAGCGCAGGGCCGUGGCCUCAGGCCUCCGCGGCGGCGCCGGCGGCCCACGCGCGGGCGCGGCGGGCUGGGGCGCAGGCCAAGGCAGCCGUGGAGCCCACGGGCCGGGGGCAUGAGCCGCCCCGCCACCCGCCGCGCCCCUGCCGCCCGCCGCCGCCCGCCAGGGGCUAGAGGCGGCCGCCGCGAGGGCGCACGGCGCCGGAGACAUGUCCAGGAGGAAACAGAGCAAUCCCCGGCAGAUCAAGCGUUCCCUCAGAGACAUGGAGGCCGGAGAAGAAGCCAAGGGCACGGACAUCAGCCCCAUGGAACAGGAAGCCACAGCCCCAGAGGCCCCAGCCAUAGAGGAGCCCCCAAGUCCACCCAGAGAAGAUGUGAGCCCACCUACAGUGUCGGCACCCCCUGAGUCUCCAGACGAUCCUGAGGAUAUGGAGGGACAAGAGUUGGAGAUGAGGCCCCAGGAUGAGAAGAAAGAGGAAAAGGAAGAAGAGUCAGCCGUGGCUAGUCCCUGGAGUGGCCCAGGUAACCAGGCUGACUAACCCUGUAUAGUAGUGAAGUGACCCCGGCCGCCUUGCUACAGCCUUCUGGGCUAGCUGAGGAUU